GGUUACAAAAGUAUGGCUACCUUCCACCAACUGACCCCCGAAUGUCGGUGUUGCGCUCUGCAGAAACCAUGCAAUCAGCUAUAGCUGCCAUGCAGCAGUUCUAUGGCAUUAAUAUGACAGGAAAAGUGGACAGGAACACAAUUGACUGGAUGAAGAAGCCUCGAUGUGGUGUGCCUGACCAAACAAGAGGUAGCUCCAAAUUUAACAUUCGUCGGAAACGCUAUGCGUUAACAGGACAGAAAUGGCAACACAAACAUAUCACUUACAGCAUAAAGAACGUCACUCCAAAAGUAGGUGAUGCUGAAACUCGUAAAGCCAUUCGCCGUGCCUUCGAUGUGUGGCAGAAUGUAACUCCUCUAACAUUUGAAGAAGUUCCUUACAUUGAAUUAGAAAAUGGCAAGAGGGACGUGGAUAUUACAAUCAUUUUUGCAUCGGGUUUUCAUGGAGACAGUUCUCCCUUUGAUGGGGAGGGAGGAUUUUUGGCUCAUGCAUAUUUCCCUGGGCCAGGAAUUGGGGGAGACACUCAUUUUGACUCAGAUGAGCCAUGGACUUUGGGAAAUCCCAAUCACGAUGGUAAGAGAAGAUUUCAGUUUAAACAAAAUAAAUAAAUGGCAUGAAUUUUCAGCUAACAGAACUAUUUCCAUGCUUCCCUGUCCCUAAAGUCACAUAUUUUUCUUUCCUAAGUUCACAUUACUUUAGAAAUAUCUUCAGUUGAUUGGUCUAUUAGAAUCUGAGGCAGAAAAGUUUCUGUCUAAAUGUAAGUUACAGUAUGAAAAUGUGUUUCUCUUGAAAGACAUUGAAUUCUUGUUAGGAACCUUUGUGUUCAUUCAGACAUUGUACUGUUGAAUGUUUACAUAAACUACUUUCAU